CGUACGAAUCACGUGGAAACGCGAAUACAUAUGGCUGUGGUUCAUCCCCGACCCCGCGGUCCCCUCUGCCGCUGCACCGCUCCGCCCCGCCCGCCCGCCUGCUCUGCCUGCCCGCCUGCUACUGCUGCCUACACCUACACCUACACCUACACCCAUCCGUCCGUCCGUCCUCCUCCACUUGACCCGGUGGUACCACUCGCCUCGUCUCGGAGCAGGGCAGCGGAUACCAGGCGGGAGCUAGCCCGCGCACGCCUCUCCUGCGCGCGCGGCGAGGGUACGGCCAUGGCGUACCAGUACCACCACCAGGACCACGCCGCGGCCGCGCUGGGGAUGGACGCCGCGGCGGCGGCGGCGGCGGCCGCGGGGAACCCCGGCGGCGGCGGCUUCGCGCCAGGUUUGGGCGCGGGCGGGUGGGAGAGGGAGAAGGCGGCCAUCGAGGCGCACCCGCUGUACGAGCGGCUGCUGGAGGCGCACGUCGCCUGCCUGCGCGUCGCCACCCCCGUCGACCAGCUGCCCCGCAUCGACGCGCAGAUCGCCGCGCGCGCCCCGCCGCCCAUGCCCCCCGCCGCCGCGCCCGCGGGCGGCGAGGAGCUCGACCUCUUCAUGACACACUAUGUGCUGCUCCUCUGUUCCUUCAAGGAGCAGCUCCAGCAGCAUGUGCGCGUCCACGCCAUGGAGGCGGUGAUGGCCUGCUGGGAGCUCGAGCAGACUUUGCAGAGUCUUACAGGGGCAUCUCCUGGCGAAGGCACCGGGGCGACUAUGUCUGAUGAUGAAGACAACCCGGUCGACAGCGAGAGCAACAUGUUUGACGGAAACGAUGUGUCAGAUGGCAUGGGCUUCGGAAUGCUAACCGAGGGUGAGAGAUCCUUGGUCGAGCGCGUGAGGCAAGAGCUGAAGCAUGAGCUUAAACAGGGGUACAGAGAAAAGCUUGUGGACAUCAGGGAGGAGAUACUGCGGAAGCGGAGAGCCGGUAAGCUCCCAGGAGACACGGCGUCCACUCUGAAGGCGUGGUGGCAAGCCCACGCCAAAUGGCCGUACCCAACUGAGGAGGACAAGGCGCGGCUGGUGCAGGAGACGGGGCUGCAGCUGAAGCAGAUAAACAACUGGUUCAUCAACCAGCGCAAGCGGAACUGGCACAGCAACCCUACCUCGUCCUCGUCGGACAAGAGCAAGAGAAAAAGGAACAAUGCAGGUGACGGCAACGCCGAGCAGUCCUGGUAGGGCGGGCGCGGCUGGAGAGCGAAGAACGAAUGCCCCAUAUAUGUACAUAGCGCUUCCAUCUUGGAGAAGGCUUGAUACUACUAUUUAUUGGUCCGGGAGGCGACGCCGGCGGCUAUUCGCCCCGGAGCCUCCCGGACCCAACACCGUCUGUACUGUACCCCAAAAGGAAGAAGAAAACAUGUAGUAGUAAUGUUGUAACGGAGUUACCCGAAAUCUGUAGCUGUUUUGUGGCGCGGCGUCGCUGUGAGCGAGUGUAUACGGGCUGUUCCGUGGUGUGCUUGUGGGUCGUGUGUUGCGUUGCCGUGGGACUGGCGGAAGUGUCGUGUGUUGUGUGGGUGGGUGCUGUAUAUUUGCGUACCUGUACGUGUACUGACCAUGAUGCCUUGUUUGUGCGUUCUAUCUGUCUGUAGCCUGCA